AUGGAGUGUCAAUCAGGAGACGGGACGGGUCAUGGAGGACAUUGUGCAGGCGAGUUUAAAGAUUAUACUGUUAUCGCGAUAAGCCAUCAGCUGGAUAUGAUUAUGGACUUUAACCGAAUGGUAUUUAUGGAUGUGGGGAAGAUUACCGAAGUUGAGGACCCCGCGGUCUUGAAAGAUUUCCCUGAGUCGAGGUUUGGGGAGUUGGUGAGGGUUGGAGGGAACUACGAGUUUCGCUGGGGUGAGAGGAGAUAA